AUGAAGCCCAUCGCUUGGUCUUUGUCCUUGGCUGCCACUGGCUUGGCAUCUUUCGCUGCUGCUGACUGGCAGUACCGUUCUCGCCCUGAUCUCGCCGUCCCGAGACUCAACAUCACAGUCCCUGCUGAUCGAGACUCAGCAGAAAAGGGCUACAUCUUCAUCACUCUGUACGAGGGAUUCGCCGACGGCCACAAAGGUCCUGUCCAGCCUGGCGCUUACAUAUUUCGUGAUAACGGCGAACUGGUCUGGUCUGGCUUAGGAUACCACUCAGGAUGGGUCGCCAACUUUGUUCCAGACACCUGGAACGGCCAGACCUAUCUCCGCGCAUUCCAGGGCAAAUUGGACGGAACUCAUGGUCGCAUGUACGGCUAUCAUGUUCUCCUUGGAAGUGACUAUGAAGUGGCCAAAGUUGUCCGGGCCAAGUCUCCUAGACUCACUUCAGCACACGAGUUCCGUCUUGUUGAUGGCAGGACGGCACUGAUUGAGAACCCUACACCUAGGGUUGUCUCUUUGAAGUCCUGGGGAGGCGAUGAGGGGCAGAACUGGGUUCUUUCUGGCGGAUUCCAAGGCAUGUAUAGAUACCCCUCGACGACUUAUAUCGAAACUGGCGAUGUCCUGUUUGAAUGGCAAAGUUUUGACCACGUCGACCCAAAAUGUUUGCCCGGAUCUGGUAGAAACGAAACCGAUGCCUGGAAUUACUUCCAUAUCAACAGCGUUGACAAGGACGAUGAGGGCAACUAUCUCUUGUCCGCCCGCAACAUCGCGGCCAUCUUCAAAAUCAACGGGACAAGCGGAGAUAUUAUCUGGCAGCUUGGCGGUUUCCACGGCGGCUCUUCGUUCCAAAUCUCACAGGAAGACCGCUUCUCGUUCCAACAUCAUGCGCGAUUCCAUGGCCGCUCGCCUGAUGGAAGCCUCGAGUUCAUUUCACUUUUCGACAACGGGGCUCAUUCCGCCCCAUUUAAGACUCAUCCGUUCUCUAGAGCCAGAUACUUCCAGCUUGAUCACAAUAAGGGCACCGCAAAGGCACUCAAAACGUUUGAUGCACCUGACGGUCUAUCUGCUCACACUCAAGGCAGCGUUCAGAUCCUCCCCAACAAGAAUUUCUUUGUCAAUUGGGGCCAGGCCGGUGCCGUCACAGAGUUUAACAAGGACGGCAAGGUCUUGUUUCAUAGUUACCUGGAUUCCGCACCCGAGGGAAUCUUUGUCCAGAGUUACCGAGGUUUCCGAGCCAACUGGACUGGAAAUCCAAGCGAAGAACCAGCUGUUGCUGCAUUCAAACGCCAGGAAAAGAGUGGUUUGGAUGUGUAUGCUUCUUGGAAUGGAGAUACUGAGGCGGCAUCAUGGCGUUUCUACGCGCGGUCUCUCGAACAGUCACAAGACCAGCUCCUAGGAGAGUUUGAGCGCAAGGGCUUCGAGACUCACGCGGAGCUUCGGGAAUUUUCAGUCGGCGGAGAUCUACUUGUUACUGCUGAGGCAGUGGAUGUGAAUGGCAAGGUACUGACUCGCACGAACCCUGUUGUUGCCCAAGCCGAGUUAGAUCACUUGAAACAGGUACAGAAGGAGCACCUCUCUGGGAUAAUUUUGAACCUGAUAGCAAGUUAG